CACGCGAGAAUAACCGAACAGAAAAUAUAUCCGACAACGUUGCAAUUCCAUUGAUUUGAUCGUCAGCAAAAAAGAUGCAGACAUUGUUUUGACAGUCCAAUUUUAAUAUGGCUGCAGCUAAGAAAUCCUCGGAAGGAACAGAACUGGUUCAACAAGCAGAGAAACACUUGAAAACUUCCUUGCUGAAAUGGAAACCUGACUAUGAAUUGGCAGCCGACAGUUACAAUAAAGCUGCGACAUGUUUCAAAACUGCAAAAGAGCUACAGAAGGCAAAGGAUUGUCUGUACAAAGCUUCAGAUUGCUACAAGCAAACUAAAGCUUUCUUCUCUGCUGCAAAGAGCUUGGAUCAAGCAAUUAUUUUGCUGAAGGAAUUACAAGAAUGGAAGGAAAUAUCAAAUAUUGCACACAAGGCCUGCCAACUGUUUCAGGAGCACGGAUCUCCGGAUACAGCGGCAUUACUGCUUGACAAGUCCGCAAAGAUGAUUGAGGCCCAUCUGCCUGAAGAUGCGCUCAUUCUAUACAGGAGAGCAAUGGAAGUAGUCAUGAUUGAAGACAGGCCACGCCAAGCAGCCGAGUUUGCAACCAGAGCUGGACGACUCCUUGUCAAAUUGGGAAAAUAUGAAGACGCCAUCAAUAUGUUGUCAAGAGAGAUGAACUAUCACAUUGCCGGUGAAAAUCCUGCAGCCGUUGGAAGAGUAUUAGUAGUGGUUGUGCUGCUUCAUCUAGCUCGUGAAGAUGUUAUCGCUGCUGGUAAAGCCAUACAGGAAUGGGGAGGCAAUGGCCAGCAAGAUGAACUUCAAGUCGCUAUGAAUCUCCAUCGCGCAUUUGACUCUGAAGAUGCCCAAGCAGCCGAGAGAGCUCUCGCUGAUCCAUUUAUUCGUCACAUGGAUGUAGAGUAUGCUAAAUUAACUCGGGUCGUCCCAUUACCAAAGGGCUACAGUGAUUUAGAAAAUGCAGCCAGACCAAAGACGAACCUAGAAGAUCUUGUGGAUGAUAUCCCAGACAUUGAUGAUGACGAUCUCGAGAAUGAAUACGGAGGCGGUAGUCGAAGCAACAAUGACGUAGAACCUCAAGCAAAGUCGACAGGAGUGAAACACGAGGAAGAUUUGGAAGAAGAAGGUGGAUUGUGUUGAAAGAACUAAGAUCUAAUCACGUAUUUACUCAUUCCUCUUUUGCUUGGUGUUGUCGUAUUUGUUUAUUUUUUGGUUGGUUUAACGCUGUGCUACUUACAUAAUAUGAAAUUCAAUGUUGCCGUGUAUUCCAAAUACACAAUUUGCUGCGUCGGUGUAA